GAGUGGCGGAGCUGGCCCGGCGGCGGGAGGAGCCUCGGUCCGGCCCAGCCGCUUCGCCUUGCGCCGCCUGCCGGGUUGACGUGGCCGGGCCCGGCGCGGAGAUGGCGGACGACAGCAGGCAGAACAAGCUGGCGGCGGCCAAGAAGAAGCUGAAAGAAUAUCAGCAGAAAAACAGCCCCGUGUCGGCAGUGGGGGCCAAAAAGAAACGGAGGAGUAAAGAAACAAGUCACCCAGAGAUGCCUGUUAAUGAUGGAGUGCAAUCUCCUGAAAAUAUUGAGAGCCUUCUGAAGGUGCUGGUGUCCGACUUUAAUGGCUCCAAUGGGGUAGCCAUACCUACAUUGGACAAGUGGAAGGCCCACAACGAUGGCGACCUAGCUGCUGGCGUCUCCCUGCUGCCUAACAGCAGAAACGUGCCUGCCUCUGUUGCUCCAAAUCCUGGCAACGGGCAGCUGUCACAGAUCUGUGACACUGAUCAUAAUACUGUGUUGGAGGAAAAUAGGUCCCUCUCGGCUACAGAGAGUCUCCGGAAGCUCUCUGAACAGCUGAACGGCAUGGUCAGCCAGACCACGACUUACAUCAACGGAGAAAACGUCCUGCCGACGGCGGAUAUGAAAGAGAUGGCGACCCGUUACCAGGAGCUGGCAGUAGCUCUUGACUCCAGCAAUUUAACAAACAAACAACUCAAAGCAGAGAUAGAGGAAAUGAAACAGCAGAACCAAGAUAUUGCGAAUGAGUUGGAGAAGGAGAAGAAAGGGUUCGAUCAGCGGUUUGCGAAGGAGCAAGCCACCCUAAGAGAACAAUUGCAGGUCCACAUUCAGACCAUCGGCAUCCUGGUCUCUGAGAAGUCCGAAUUGCAGACAGCUCUUUCCCACACACAGCAGGCGGCCCGGCAGAAAGAAGGAGAAGCUGAGGACCUGGCCGCUCGGCUGCAGUCAUCUCGACAGAGGGUCUCCGAGGUGGAAUACACCCUCUCCUCCCUCUCCGUUCAGCAGAAGCAGACAGAGAAAUACAACAAAGAACUAGCCAAGGAACGGGAUAACCUCAAACUGGAAAUGUAUAAGCAAAGUAAAACCAACGAAGAACUGAAGCAGCAGACGUCGGAGUUGUCGGAGAAACUACGCAAUCUGCUCUCUGAAAACUCAGCCAUGAAACUGGACGUGGAAGAUUUGCACAAGAAACUGGAAAUGGCCGAGCUGGUGAUCCAGCAGUUUUCAAGCCAGCCAGGGAUCUCGGAUGCCGCUGCCCAGCAGCUGCAGGCAGCCCUGGAGGAAAGAGCCAACCUAGAAAGCCAAAUUGCCCAGCUGUCAGAGUCUUUGCAAAAACUGCAGACCGAACGGGAUCAAUACGUCCUGCGGCUGAAGGAGGAAGGGAGCAUCUGGCAGCAGCGGGUCGAGCUCCUCUCCGAACAGGUCCGGACUCUGACGGGAGAGAAAGAAUUCAGUGAGACUCGGAUUGGGGAGCUGGAGACCAAUCUGUCAGAGUUGCUGAGCAGUCAGUCAGCGGUGAAGCCCCAGGAGAUUCAGCCCGUCCUUGCUGCCCCGGGGCCCUCGCCGACUGAACUGCACCUUCAAGAGGAGCUGGCUCGGCUGGAGAAGGAGAAGGAGGAGCUGCUGGACCGAUGGCAGACCCAGGUGCGAGACAACGGGCAGCUGAGCCAACUCAACCAGGAGCAGGAGGAGCGGCUUCAAGAGCUGGAGAAGGCCUUGCAGCGCCACAGCGAGGAGGCCGUGGACAAGCAGCAGAUCUUGGAGAACAUGCAGAGCGACAAAGCCACCAUCAGCCGGGCCUUGACCCAGAACCGGGAGCUGAAAGAGCAGCUGGCGGAGCUGCAGAAUGGAUUUGUCAAACUGACCAACGAGAACAUGGAGAUCACAAGCGCCUUGCAGUCUGAACAGCACGUGAAGAAGCAGCUGGCCAAGAAACUGGAGGAGCUUCAGGAGAAGCUGUUGGACUUUAAGGAGAAGAUGGCCCAGAAGACCCACGAAGCUCAGGAUCUCCAGGACCAGAGGGACCAGUAUUUGGCCCACCUCCAGCAAUACACCGCAGCCUAUCAGCAACUGACCACUGAGAAGGAGGAGCUGCACAAACAGUACCUCCUACAGACCCAGCUCAUGGACCGUCUACAGCACGAAGAAGUCCAAGGAAAGGUGAACGCCGAGAUGCACUUCAAAGAGCUUCAGAAAGCUAAGAAAAGCCUGGAGUCCUUUUCCAAAGAGAACACGGAGCUCCAAGCACAGGUCAGCCAGCUCAUGGCCGAACUGGACGAAAGGAUGCUGCCCAGGGCUCAAGGGGAUGGCGUGGAAGCCGCGGAGUUUGUGGACUCCGGGACUUUUCUGCUCAGCAUUCCGGAGGAUUUCGAGAGCAAAGAGGAAAUGGUGGCGUUCUUGACCUCCGCCGUGUCCCGAGCGGAGGGCGACCGCGACGAGAUGAGGCGGCAGCUGAUGGAACAGAAACGACAAUGCAGAGAGCUCUUGCAGCAGAUGACCGCCCUCAAGAAGGAGCAGCAGCUGCAGCUCACGUCCACAGGAGGCUCGGAUGGCGAUUCGGUUCCGGGAGAGGUUCAUGAAGCUUUAAAAAGUGCCAUGGAGAAGCUGCAGCUCCGAUUCACGGACCUGAUGCGGGAAAAGGCGGAGCUGAGGGAGCGCAUGGAAGAACUGGAACACCACUGUAUCCAGCUGUCCGGAGAAACGGACACCAUAGGCGAAUACAUCGCCCUGUACCAGAGUCAACGGGCAAUUCUCAAACAGCGCCAUCGGGAGAAAGAAGAAUACAUCAACCGGCUGGCUCAGGACAAGGAGGAUAUGAAGGUCCUUUUUUUGUUGCAGAUGAAGUUACUGGAGCUUCAGGAACUGGUCAUGCGCUUGGUGAGCGAGCGUAACGACUGGUACACCAAAUACAGGAUGGCCACACAGACAAGGGACGACGGCGCCAAGGCGGACGGCGCCUUCGAAUCGGACGCUUCCAAGGUGGCAGACUUGAAAGAAGUGAGUCUGGCGGAUGGGCCAGAACCGGACGCCGUAGCUUCCCGCUCCCGCCCGUCCCACAGCGACCCCGAGAGCCCCCAGCCCGCUCCUCAUGACCCCACGGCCCAGCAGAUCCUGCAGCUUCUCCGCGAAAUCCAGAGCCCGCAGAACCGGAUGGGAUCCCCCUCGGAAUCCCCCUGCAUCCCCUUCUUCUAUCGGGUGGAUGAAAACGACGAAGUGAAGCUCCUGGUGUUGUAGCCAGGAAGGGACGUCGAGAGUUCCAGAGGGGGUCGUGUGGAGCGGGCUGGGCUGCCUCGUGGGCAGGCCCGGGUGGGCUAAGCUUUGUGGCGGAUCCCACGGUCCUCCAGUAAAGCUCAAGAGGUUUCCGCCACCGUUAGUUCCUCCCAUUCACAGCCUGUGAAUUUGGAUUCUCCCUACCGCAGUUGCUUCCGGCCUUCUUUAGAUCGGAUCUUUACGCUCUCCUUCCAAAAUCUUCCCCUUUUUCUUGCCUGAUCCCACGACCACCCCUCCUGGCCUUUCCACCCCCAAGGGUUAAGCUGGCUUUCGCCUUUCUUAGCCCAAACGCCGUCUCUUUCCCCUGCCCCAAAUCCUCGUAUUUCCGUUACAACAUUCGAAUGGGCUCUGGGUUCCUCUAAGCUGGACGGUUCGCAGGGGAGGGGUUAAAAGCUGCGUUUUUUUUUAAAAAAAAAAAACUGGAUGUACCUUUGCAUUUGAGGUGGUGGGUUUUAUUUAUUCUUUUUAAGAAAUGCAGAAGCCGAGCUCAGAUAAAAAAAGAACAGACUCACGGUUCGAUUCCAGCUGUCUCUCUCUCUGUCUCUCACGGAAUCUCUUUUCUCCUGGGUUUGGCCAAGGUUAUUUCAACCGUCUAGGGAUUUCUAAAUAUAUUUUGAUUGUUGUCGGUUUCCCUCCUCUCCAUCCGUGAGCCCGUAUGCGGGGGCUAGACGGAAGAAUCCACUGGUGAGCGUGUAAAAGAAGUGGAUCGGUUUGAUUAAAGUUGGUGGUGACUUGGUGUGCUUGGCACAAAUCCCGUUUUAGAAGGACAACGGCACGUGGGUUACAAAAAGGUUUGGGGUGGUGACUAGUGGCGUGGGUUUUUUUAGGUCAGAUAUUCUGCUCCCGGGGAUGAGACCCCCGCAAAGUUGUGUUUUGCACAGGUUUUCCUUCCGGGACAGCUUGCUGGGAAAAAGUCGACCUAAAGCACAGAGGGAAUUUCGAAAACCCAAAAAAAAAAAAAGCUUCCGCUCCAAUUUUCUAGCAAAACCGCACGUUGACUCCCCACGUUCUCCCAGACUGUAAAGCAGUAGGAAUUGGACCGCACAAAACGAGAACACCCGGAAAACUGGGACAGUCCCGAUUUUCGGCCCGUCAGUGUUACUCAUUCCCUCCGUGCUUUGGGUCAGGAGGCUGGUGGAAGUGGGGGCGCGAGCCGCUCUUGGCACAAGUGUACAUAUUGUAUCUGUGUAACAUUUUGUAUAUACCUUGAAUAAUAAUAAUUAAAAAAGAGAGAGAGAGAAUAAGCCACUGUCGGCAUUCUCUGGUUGCCGGAAGGCUACCCUCAUAACCUUAUAUGAUAUUUAAAAAAAAAUAACUUUAGUUGAGGUGGGAGGGGCAAAGCAGAGCAGGAAUGUGAUUUACUGUAGAAUAUUAUUCCAUAUUUAUUAGGUGUGGGGGUUUCCGGGGAAGGUGAAAAGCAAAGGAGGGGAAAAGCAAAGCCAAGAGCGCCAACUUUUUGCGUUCUGUGGCGGAGAGAAAAUAUAUCCUGUUACAAAAUUUGGUCUUUCUGAAUAAAUCUGUGUCCCUUCA